UCGUUACGAUUCCCACUUCUUCAUCGUCUCUACUCCAUCUUCUUCCUUUCUUUUUCUCAAUUUGUUUAAACAUAAUUCUUCUUUAUUUAGCCUUUUUUUCUUUCGGCUGUUGUUGUUAAUUUCUUUAUCUUGUUUAUUGUAGGAAUCCCAUGAUUGUAGAAUUGGAGAAUUCCAUUUUUUUUCUUUCUUAAAAGUUUGAUUCCAUGUUCAUUUCAUCUCCCAAAUUCGCAAUUUCUUAAUUGAAGUUUUAAGAACUGAGAUUUGAUUUCAGUGGUCGGAGUCAACUUCCACUGUUGUUAAAUCACAGCAAGAAGGAAGUUUCUCCGUCUCUCUCUCGUCUCUCUCCAUUUCUUUUUCAGUCUGUGGAAGUGGUAAGGAGGUUGGAUCUGGUUAAUAAUCGACGCGAAUCAGCAGAUGUCUCCUUCCACGGCUACAAUUUCAGCUAAUCAGAAUCAUAAUAGCAACAAUUACAUACAACACGAAGUCUCCAAGUUCGACACGCUUGCCGGUGUCGCCAUCAAGUAUGGUGUCGAGGUCGCGGACAUCAAGAGAUUGAAUUGCUUGGCCACUGAUCUUCAGAUGUUUGCUUUGAAGACGUUGCAAAUACCAUUACCAGGCAGACAUCCACCAUCCCCUAGUUUGUCCAAUGGUUCCAAGUCUUCUCCUCUCAGAGGAAACAAUCUUGAGAAAACACCAAAACGUCAAAGUCACUCCAAUUUGUUGGAGUCAUUUCAGUCACCAAAGCUGAAAUCAUCUCAGUGGAAUGUUUCUCCAGCCAUGAGUACUUUACAGAGUUACUAUGGUCUUAAAUCUUCUAAUCACAAGGAUGCAGCUGAAGGCACAGAGAUGGCAGUUUAUAGAACCACAAGCUCAGGGUAUCUUGAUGAUGGGUUACUGCCCAAAGCCUCACCGAUGUCUGACUCGAAUUCAAACCUUAGUUUCAGACCUCGAAAUUUGUCAAAUGGUUUCUUGUUGGAGAAUGGUGCAGCCUCUGAGUUUGCAUCUCUUGCAGAUGCUGGAGAUGGGGAAGCUGAGAAGUCUAGCGAGAAGUCUGUCCGGAGGCGUCAGAAGGCUGAACCUGAUUCCAAUUUUUGCACUCCGGAAACGUUGCUGAAAGAAGAAAAUGGAAGUGGAAGUAGUGGCUUCUGUGCUGUUACUGGAAAGGGUUUGGCCAUGAGGCCAAAAUCAGCAAGCCGUUCAGCACUGGUCACUGAUUCUGAUUCAGGUUGGUUGAAUUCCAUUCCAGUGGGCUUGGGAGAUUCUAUAAUUAUUGAUAAUCCUGUAGGAGUUCGUAAAUCAUCUAGCACAUCAAGCCUGCAAGACCAGGAUGGUGGUAAUGUAUCAUCUCUUUGGUCAACUUCGAAGUGGAGUCUGAAACCUGACCUGCAGGCUUUCUCAACCGUGGCCAUUACCAGACCGAUAUUUGAUGGAUUACCAAAGCCAAUAACUGGCCGCCGGGGCAAAGCUGCUCUCGACUAGUACAAGUCAUGGGGCAUUAGUUUGAUUCUAUAUUUUGAUAGAAAGAAAUUGAAUUGGUUUACAAGGCAUAUUACUCGAGGUUUCCAUGAUUGUACAGCUGUAAUGUAACUCAAAAUAUGCAGAAAAGUCAGGAAUAGAAAGAGGUAAGAUAUGUAUUUUUAGGGAUUUGAAGGUUGGGAAAGGUUGUUACAAUGAAGAUUGUAAGAGAUAUUGCAUUCUUUUGAGCCCUCAAAUUCGUUUUGUAAGCUAGGAAAACCAAAGUGUAAUUCCACUUGACUGAGGACUUCAAUAGUCAACACUUUCUGAAGUGAUUGUAUAAUCUUCCUGGUCAUUCCUUCAGAUAUUGCCCUUCAGGAGAAACAUUGCAAA